AUGCCGAUCGGCAAGUCAGAACUGGUGCUCCGGCUCCGGACGCACACCUAUCACAUGGGCUGUUUUCGUUGUACCCUGUGCCAACGGCCUUUGCACCCCGGCGAAGAGGUCGCCUACCAUCACGAUCUGCCAUACUGUCUGCCCGACAGUCGGCACUGUCAUGUUUUCGGCCUCCUGCCGCUGCGUCCUCUUCCACCACCACCUCCACCUUCCGCUCCUCCAGGAUCCUCCCAGUCAGUCACUAGUCCCUUACCCCCUCUACCUACGACGGCACAGCCCCCGCCACCACCGCCGCCACUACCACUACCACUACCACCCCCACCACAGUCCACUUCGGGCCAGAUGGUACAUGAUCCCGGUCCCUUUUUUAGUUCGACAGGUCAAUUUCAUGUCAACUCUGCAAUUCGGGCGCCUCCUUUCGACCCCAACCUCCUGCCCAGUGCCAGUAACCAGCGCAGUUUACACAACUUCCUCGAGCUGGAGCUCGCCUCUUUUCCACCGCAAUGUACAAACAGUGGUACAGUUGCCAGCACAAUUGUCCGCAGGCCUGGCCAGUCGAAGCCCCUCAAGUCUGGAGGGGAUAUCACGACGGCAAAGACGACAGAGUCGCCUGGCCCAGCUGCUUCUGGUGUUCGGAUGAUGAUGAUGAUGAUGAUGGAGGAUUCACCAUCUACAGGUCUUGACCGAGAGUUUUCUCGUGAUAAACCAAACCCAGGUGGCCCGAUGAGCCGUCUGCAAAGAUAUCUGACCCCACCCGCCAUAAUAACCAGCAGCGAAGGUGGACUC